CCUUCUCUAACCUCACCCACAACCCGAGCUGCGAAUCCCAAUGAACGACAACCCUUAGUCACAAGGCGGCACCCGGGCCUAAUCAACCCAGGCGUCUCACUGCAUGACAAACAAGAACGGAAAGCGGAGGGAGUGCGCCAUCAUACUAGAUGUGCCAUAUCGCCUGUCCUGUCAUUGCACGUUGACGGAUAGCGAUUUCGCGAGCUGCUGGGUCACGCACUCGCCAAGAGACGACGGGGUAACACUCGUUCACCACACCCAACCAUCCCCACCGCGCACUGAGGAAAAAGUAAAAGAGUCGAAGCGCCGUGCUGCCUUGCGAAAGCUUGGAGGACGAGCCGCUGCUGACGACGAAAACGUAGUUUUCAAUCCUAGCGCCUUUACCUUGGCUCUCCUCUCGAGGAAGCCAUUGUACUGUCAGUGUGGGGGUGCGUGGUCAUUGUCGUUGGGCUGUGGGCUUGGAGUUGCGUGUACGUGGGUUUCUUUUUACUGAGAUCUGACUUUGAACGGCAGAUUGAAAGGGUCCAGUGAUGAUGUUCUGUCCAAGAGACGGGGCAUUAAAGCCAAAGUCGAGUUGAGGAGCCCGUGACCUUACUGUUGGUUGGCUGAGAGGCUGACUGAUGGGGGUCUGUGGUUCCUUCUGAGGACAGCAGGAGAGCUAAUCU